UUUUCAUACAUUUGCUUGUGUGAAUCGAAUUUCUAUAAGUUCUCUUUCUUAUUUUAUGAAAACUGUGGAACUAUUGAAAUGUCACUCCCUUCGGUUGAUGAUAUAAAGAAAGGAUGGAAAAGGGAUGACAUAAUCACUUUCUUACAAAUUGAGGGAUUAAACUUGGACCUUGACAAAGAGGACAUUGGGAUAAUCAGAAAUAAAAAAGUUAGUGGUAAAGACUUUCUCAGCUUGACGACAGAAAAACUUGAAAAUUAUGGAUUGCAACCAGGGCCUGCUUCUAGAAUCGCAGAGCUGGUCAAGGAAAUCAAUGGUGAACAAGAGCAAUCCAUUUCUGUUGAGAGUAAGAACAUAUACUUUCAAUAUUACGAUUCAAUAGUAAUUCCUGAAAGUUACAACAGUUGGACUAAUUUUAGGGAGUUAUUUAGCCAUUUUGGAACUGUUUUCGGUCUUGAAGGCUUUAUUAUAAAUUAUGUUUUUGUUAUUGGUAAAAAAAAAGUGGAUUUGACUUCAAAAAAAGACUUCAUAGAAUUAGUUAAACAAAACAGAAUUUCAGUUAGAAAUUCCGUCAAAAUAUUAGAUGUGAAUGGCUAUGGAUCACAUACAGAAUUAUAGAUGGUUUACCAACAUCAUUAAAGUUGGCUGAUCCAACAAGUGGCACAAGUAUAAUAGCAAUAAACCUGCUUUAUAUUUCAAGAUAUGUGCUAAAAUGAGAUAAUAAAUUAUAAUAUCAGUUUUUACUAACGGCUCUACUAUUUAUCACCACAUGGUAAUAAAUAAUUAUUCAUCACCAUAAUCAGAUAAGGUGAUAAAUAACUAUUUGUCACUAUAAGUUUGCAACUAUUGUAAUAUAUUUUUAUUAUAUAUUAAUUAAUAAAGAAAUUAUCUAACUGUUAAA